AUGCGAACUGACAGCCGCGGUUCUCCUGACCCGAGCGAAGGCGGCGCGCGGCGGUCAAACAACGUGUCCUCAGCGAGCCACCGUAGACGCCCGCGCGGAGCACCCUUCCGCCCGGACGCUAGCGCCGCAGUGGGCGGGCCCUCACGCUCCGCCCCCCCUGUUCAGUCAGUUCGCUGCUACUCCCAUGGAUCACAUGAGACAGACGAGGAGUUUGAUGCUCGCUGGGUGACAUACUUCAACAAGCCAGAUAUUGAUGCUUGGGAAUUGCGUAAAGGAAUGAACACACUUGUUGGCUAUGAUUUGGUUCCAGAACCCAAAAUCAUUGAUGCUGCUUUGCGGGCCUGCAGACGAUUAAAUGAUUUUGCCAGUGCAGUUCGCAUCCUAGAAGUUGUUAAGGACAAAGCAGGACCGCAUAAGGAAAUCUACCCCUAUGUCAUCCAGGAGCUUAGACCAACUUUAAAUGAACUAGGAAUCUCCACUCCAGAGGAACUGGGCCUUGACAAAGUGUAAACUUCAUGGAUGGGCUUCCCAAGAACUUCUUCAUACUGCUACUUGAUGUCAACAGUCACCUGGAAAUGCUGAAAAUAACAGAUUACCUUAUUUCAACACAUUUUCCUUUAUUGAGUUCCAAACCAUAUAAUGAUGACUUGAACUUUAAUAAAAGGGAAAUGUAUUUGAAGUGAAA